CUUCUCGCCGUCGGGUUCCAGGAGCCCGGCGGGUCCGAGCUUCCCGUCCGUGCCGGUGCGGGCGCCGGCAUGUGGCUGUGGGAAGACCAGGGCGGCCUCCUGGGCCCCUUCUCCUUCCUGCUGCUGCUGCUGCUGCUGGUGACGCGCAGCCCCUUCAAUGCCUGCCUCCUCACCGGCAGCCUCUUCGUCCUGCUGCGCUUCUUCAGCUUUGAGCAGGUGCCGUCCAGCAGGGCCCUGCAGGUGCUCAAGCCCCGGGACCGCAUCUCCGCCAUCGCCCACCGCAGCGGCAGGCACGACGCGCCCGAGAACACGCUGGCGGCCAUUCGGCCUAAGAACGGAGCAACAGGCGUGGAGCUGGACAUUGAGUUCAUCUCCGACGGGAUUCCUGUCCUCAUGCACGAUAACACCGUAGACGGGACCACGGAUGGGACUGGCCAAUUGUGUGAUUUAACAUUUGAACAAAUUAGGAAACUUAACCCCGCAGCAAACCACAGACUUAGGAAUGAUUUCCCUAAUGAAAAGAUCCCUACUUUGAGGGAAGCCGUGGCAGAGAGCCUACAGUAUAACCUCACAAUCUUCUUUGAUGUCAAAGGCCAUGCGAAUAUGGCCACUGAUGCUCUAAAGAAAAUAUAUAUGGAAUAUCCACAGCUGUAUAAUAAUAGUAUGGUCUCCUCAUUCUUGCCAGAAGUUAUCUAUAAGAUGAGACAGACGGAUCAGAAUGUAAUAACAGCUUUAACUCACAGACCUUGGAGCCUGAGCCACACAGAGGAUGGAAAACCACGCUACAGUGCUUUCUGGAAGCAGUUCCUGUUUGUAGUAAUGGACAUUUUGCUCGAUUGGAGCAUGCACAAUAUCCUGUGGUACCUGUGUGGAAUUUCAGCUUUCCUCAUGCAGAAGGAUUUUGUAUCCCCGGACUACUUGAAGAAGUGGUCAGCUAAAGGAAUCCAGGUCGUUGGUUGGACUGUCAAUACCUUUGAUGAAAAAAAUUACUAUGAAUCCCACCUUGGUUCCAGCUACAUCACCAACAGCAUGUUGGAAGACUGUGCACCGCAGAUCUAG